UCUUUCAGUUCGGUCCAGGAUAUUUUUGCGUCUGAUACUUUUUUUUUCAGUUUGGAUUUGGAGUUAUUGAAUGGGUUUUCGUUUUCUUUAUAUUGGGAGUAAGGACGAAAGUUGGGUUGACCGUUAACGUUGUGUUGAGCUCAGGCGAGUCAAAAGGAGCUUGCACUUGUUACACGUGUAGGGGCAUUUGGACAGUGACCGACCAGUCCAAUACAUACUCUGAGGAUGAGAUGGGGAGAUCAGCAGGCAGUGGUGAUUUCAAAGUGGCGGAUGAUAAAGAGAAGAUAAUGCCUCGUAAGAGUGUUGACAAGACUCGCGGCGGCAUGAAAUACCAGAAAUUAUCCAGUACAGUUGGUGGUGAUGGAUUUGUUGACCUUCAGUUUGAGAAGCCGCCACCGAAAAUUCCUUUCAAGGCCAUUCUUUUGGCAGCUGCUCUGUUUGUUGCUGGCAGUAUUUUAAUCAUCAUUGGAUCUCUUUUGCUGACUGGAUACAUAAAUGCAAAGUAUUCUGACAGGACAUGGCCCCUUCUUCUUUUGGGAGGACUCAUGUUUGUUCCAGGAGUCUACCAUGUUCGCAUCGCAUACUAUGCUUACAAAGGGUAUGAUGGCUUCUCAUACGAAGACAUCCCUGAAUUUGAGUAGCAGCUGAUUCAUUCCACAAACACGGGUGUCCCAUUGCUGAAUUGCCUUAAAUACAAAUGCAAUACACUAGCCUUAAUGUACAGUCUAGUACUGGACUUACUUCUGAUUGAAAUCACAAUAAUGGAAACAAUUGUAUUGUGGUGAUUGGCAUAAUUAUGCACUGUUCAUACCUUAAUAUAAACUAUGAUUGUCAUAUCCUUUCUUAAUAUAUUGUGCUUUAGGAAGUUGUCCUGAAGUCAAAAGUAUGUUUUCAAUUUCCUAAUGUUAAGACAUUGGUAGAAAUAAUAGAAUGCACAGGAGACAGGUUUGGAACCUUUUAGAAGAAUCUCAUGAUUCUAUUUUCAUUUGUUGUGUAUUCCUGUUUUACUGUACACAAAUACAGGCUAAUUACAUCUUAAGAGGUAACCUCAGAAUUGUUGGGAUUUAAUGGAGUAUGUUUUCAGUUCUUUUUCUCUGUAGUGUUUCUAGACUCGAUAUUCUGUGUCGAGAAUUACUCAUAUAUAUGCAUUCAUGUAUAUCAGUUUUUCAUCCAUUCCAUUUGAUUUUUGGUUUUAUAUUUAAUUACUUGCAGUAUUUGUAGCAAAAAGUCAAGUCUAGUACCAUAGAAAUUUGAAUGAACUCUCGAUUUUUCAAACUUCUUUUCCUGGAACCUAGCAUGAUCUUUGUUACCCUUAGAUUCAUGUGAAAUUGCUGAGUUUUCAUUUGAAAUUCUAUUAAUAGGUUCAUGGCAUUGAAAGAGUGGUUAAAUUUUUUACUUUUAGUGAUUAUGAAUUAUUUUCAUUUCUUGCGAAUGAUUUAGGGCCUAUUCUGUAAGUGUAAGGGUUAAAAAAAAAGCAUUGAUCCAGUGGUUUUUUUUGUUUGUUUUUUUACUGUAUUGAGAAUCAGCUCUCAUUUAGCUCAAAUGUAUUUGUUGUAUAAUGCUUGAAGUACCAGUUCUUUUUUUUUUUCACACACAUUGGUUUUGAAAUUUGGAUGUACCUGACGUCUUUGAUAUAGAUGCUGUGAAUACAGGGACACUUUUGAAUAACUAAAUACCUGGAUUCACAUUACUAUUUGAAAGUCACUUCACUUUAUAUUUGAACAAAUCAUUCACACUGCUUGCAAUAUAAAUGAAAUAUCGUCUCUCAUUCACCAGGUCCUAGAACAAAGUCAUAAGUUUAACUCUGUAUUGCAUGAAUAAUUAUUUUUAUUCAUUCCAAGUACCAUACAAAUCAUUUGACAAGCCAUACAUACAUAAAAAUAAAGACAAAGGUAUAUGCUAAUUUUUUUCUGGUAUGCUGAUAAAGCAUCUGAAUGAAAGUCUUGGGCAUGGAAAGAAUAUGAAAAAAGAUGGUAAUAUCAUGUAAUUUUUUUCUUUUUUCUUAGUCCUAGUCAGAUUAUGUCAUAUUCCAUCUGCAUCCAUCUAUGGUAGAUGGUGUCCACACUAUUUGUGUGACCCUAAUUUUUAAAAUUCUGUUCUUCGAUUGUUCCUCAAUGUAUUAAUUACUUGUGCUAUUAAAUAUUUGGGCAUGGAAAGUUAAAUAUUUUGAUACUGGUGCAGUAUUUUAAUUAAAUGUUAAGUCUUGAUUAGUUUUUUGUUAAGAUUGAUUGAAUGCACAAUCCAGGAAAUCUGAUCUCUUUUCAUUGCUUUGUUAUGAACAUUCUUAGUGUGUCUUCUUGCACAUUUUAAAACUUUCUGUUUUCUGUCUCAUGUUUUGAAGGAGACAUUUCUUUUAUACUUUUCUAAGAGGAGGUCCAGAUCAAACAAGUAUGUGAAUUCAUGUUUGAAAAUAAUAAUUUCUCUUCUUUAAAUAGGAAUAUGUUUUUUUCAUAUACAGAAAUCUUCAUGGGGUCCCAUAAAUAAGGGGUUUGCUUAUUACUUACUUUAAAUGAUAUUCAUGUUUAAUUGUAUACUGUGAGAGUUAGAUCAUCUUUUGUGUUGUCUUUGAUUUAGAUACUUGAAAUCCAGUUUAUUCAUGUUUAUUUAUUAUUAUUUUUAAAAAUUUCAUAUCUCGCUGAAUCAGGAAAGCCGGAUAUGUUUGGAAUGUUUGGGUAACAAAACAAGUAUACAAGGCAGUUUAACUUUUCAGUUUUAGAGGUCCUGUACUUUUCAAAAGUGCUGAAAUUUUGCUUGUGAAAUACACAGUUUUUUGUUUUCUUUGUUUUCUUAGUGUUCUUGAGUUUAAGAUGGUGCGAAACUUUUUUGUUGUUGCUUCAAUGUACUUUGGGAAUUGCAUUUUGUUUGUGCCACUUGCUGUCUGCUUAUCUUUGAACUUACGACCCAUACGUUUUGUGAUGUUUUCAAGAUAUGAUUUUCAAAGAAUCUCUGUAUCUAAAGUAAAAGGCAGUGGUGAUAUUUUUAUAAAAACUAGUGUCUCCAUUUCGCACUGGCUUUUAAUGUUUAGAUUUACUUCUGUCUCUUGGGAAACUUUUCUUUGUCAGAUUUAUGCUCCCUUGUUACUUGCAAUUUCUUAGUUUUGUUGGGAAGGAAAAGGAGCAAGGUGGUGGUGGUAUAGAUACCUGUUAUUGGUUUCACUUUGUCUAUUGUUAUUAGUCUCUCUUUCAAAAUUAAGACCUUAUUGUGUCUGAGAGCUACAAUGUAAGGAUGCCUUCUCCAGUGUGGUUGUUGAGUUUUAUUUUUAUACUGGGGUUGUACUGCUGAUUGUUUUCAUGAAUAUACUGUUCGAGCGACUGAAUUUCUCAGGUGUGCUAAAUUUAUUGUAGAAUUAGUAGAGGAUACUCAAACUUGCACUGUUUUACUUUCUCCAUGUUUAACAAAUUUCUUAGUUCAGUAUCUUAACUUGUACAAUGUGCAUUAGAAUUAGAUGAUGCUCAACUAAACUAAAAUAAUAAGAUUUGAUUUUAGCGUCUCUUAGUAUACAUAGCAUUUCCAUGGUGAAUUCUAAAUUAUAUUAUACAUGUACAUUGCAUAUUUUGUAAAAGUAAAGCAUAGUUGUCUAUAAGUGUAAAAGUAAAGCAUAGUUGUCUAUAAGUGAUUAGUGAAUGAGCCUUGGAAUCAUCACUUAUUUCAUUGUUUGAAAUUGUAUAGAUUUAUAAAGAUAAUCUGACUAGGUUUCUUUGCACUCUUUCAAAGUCCUUAGCUAAACGUUCUCUUGAAGUGUUGUCUUGGUACCUUUGAACUGAGAAUUUAUGUGCUUCUCUUCAACAUAACAACACUAACAGGUAGGCCCUACUAGCUCUAGGAAGAGCAAUUCCAUCAAUUCUCUAAGCUUCUAAAAUGUGUACUGUGCAGUGAUACUUUGUUAUUAUGUGCCGCACUGUGUCAUCAUAUAUUCUUAAUCUUUGUACUGAGUCUCAGAUUAUAGUGUUAUUGGUACAAAUACUAUGCUUAGGGAAGGUCUUGCUUGUUUUUUCAUCCAUAGAUGUUAAUGUCAACACUGUUAUUUAACCCAGUUUGAACAUGGUGAAAUACACGUGCAUGCUUCUUUUCAUUAAAUCAGUUUGUCAAUUGUUGUAGUUGUAGAACCCGAACAAGCACAGCCUCCCCCCCUCCUUAUUAAAAAAAACAAACAAAUAUGCUUAAUUGGACUAAAAACGUAGCAGAAUACACGCUUUAUAGUCAGAACUUUUGUGUGUAUCACUUUGUUAGAUAAACUAGGAAAUAAUUAUGCUUUUUAGUGUUUCACGUGGUCCACCCAUUGUUCUCUCUGUGUGUCUCUAUUUUUCUCACCCAAAUUUCUAUGUGCAAUAAAUUGUUUUCAGUGUUUCAAUGAAA